UCUUUCUUUCCUUUUCUCUCUUUCCUUUCCAGAAUUUUGGCCAAAAUUUUCUCUCUCUUUCUCUCUAACUUCACUCAAUAAUAAUAUUUUAUAUAUUAUAUAUUAUCUUAUAUUUAUAUAUAUAUAUAUAUAUUUGGUAUUGAAAUGAACGACAUUGAUUUGUAUUAAAAUACAUCUAAAAAUUUCAGAUUAAGACUAAUUAUAUUACAUGAUUAGUAUAUUCCAACCAAAACCUUAGACCAAAAGCCAGACCAGAACAGACCAGCAAUUGCUGUCUUCGCUUGAAUACAUAAUAUCAACACACACACACUCUCUCUCUUUCUCUCUCACUCUUGACCAUUCCGCCAACACAACAAAUCUAGCUCCACCGCAGAGCACCCCCUUUUCACUACAAAGAAUUUAUAUUUAUAUAUAUAUAUCUAUAUAUAUAACCACCCACUUUUAUCUUUAUCUUUCUCUUUGUCAGAACUGUAGCUCAUCUACAUUGGCCCCAUGACCAACUCUGCUAUCAUAUGAUUAGGUGAACCGGAAGUGAAAGCUCUGAUAUCCUAUGAUUAGGUGAACAAUAUGGAUGGGAAGUGAAAGCUCAUUUGAGAAGUAGUUGAACUCCAUCUUCUAUGCUGUCUAUUCUGAUAGAGAAUAUGGGCUUACUCUGCAGCAGAAACCGUCAUUUCAAUCAAGCGGAUACUGAAGAGAAUGCACAAGCCGCAGAAAUCGAAAGGCGAAUUGAACUAGAGACAAAAGCUGAAAAGCACAUUCAGAAACUUCUGUUGCUUGGUGCUGGUGAAUCGGGCAAGUCCACAAUUUUUAAGCAGAUAAAACUUUUGUUCCAAACUGGCUUUGAUGAGGCAGAGCUCAAUGGCUACACAUCAGUCAUCCAUGCCAAUGUAUAUCAGACCAUAAAAUUAUUGCAUGAUGGAUCAAAGGAGCUUGCUCAGAGCGAAAAAGAUUCAUCGAAGUAUGUUUUGUCCACUGAAAAUAAGGAAAUCGGAGAAAAACUAUCAGAAAUUGGAGGCAAGUUGGAAUAUCCUCGUCUCACCAAAGAUCUUGCACAAGAAAUAGAGACUUUGUGGAAAGAUCCAGCAAUUCAGGAAACUUAUAAUCGCGGCAAUGAACUCCAAGUUCCUGACUGUGCUCAUUAUUUCAUGGAGAAUCUGCAAAGAUUGUCGGACUCGAAUUAUCUUCCAACAAAGGAGGAUGUUCUCUAUGCUAGAGUUCGAACAACGGGUGUUGUAGAGAUUCAGUUCAGUCCUGUUGGAGAAAAUAAGAAAAGUGGUGAAGUAUACAGACUAUUCGAUGUUGGAGGACAGAGAAAUGAGAGACGGAAAUGGAUUCAUCUAUUUGAAGGUGUAACAGCAGUGAUUUUUUGUGCUGCAAUUAGUGAGUAUGAUCAAACACUAUUUGAAGACGACAACAAGAACCGAAUGAUGGAGACAAAAGAACUCUUUGAAUGGGUCCUGAAGCAACAAUGUUUCGAGAAGACAUCCUUCAUGCUGUUUCUAAACAAGUUUGAUAUAUUUGAGAAGAAGGUGCUAAAUGUGCCGCUUAAUACAUGCGAGUGGUUUAAAGAUUAUCAGCCAGUAUCGACGGGGAAACAAGAGAUUGAACACGCAUACGAGUUUGUGAAGAAGAAAUUCGAGGAGCUGUACUUUCAGAGCACAGCUCCUGAUUGCGUAGAUCGGGUUUUUAAGAUCUACAGAACCACCGCCCUCGAUCAAAAGCUUGUCAAGAAGACUUUCAAGCUUGUAGAUGAGACUCUGAGGAGAAGAAACCUCUUUGAGGCUGGCUUGUUGUGACACUGUUACUACUACUGAUUACUGAAUUAUCACUUUCUCAGGAAUUUGGAAAAGGAAAGGAAAAGGGGAAGAAAAAAGAAAAGAGAAAAAGAAAAUUGGUGUUGUGGGAGUAACUUCAAUCAGAUUUUUGAGCACUUUGCUUCCUUAUUGAUUCUUAGCAUUUAUUUGAUUUUUAAUUAAAUCUUUGUUCAAAUAUACCAGUCCAUUGAAUGGGGGAAGCUUUUAGAAAAAUAUAAUGGAAAAAAGGGAAGAAAAAAAAAGUGAUAAAAGCUUUUUAUUUUUAUUUUUUA